AUGACCCAAGACUACGUCCUCGCCCGCCUGCUCUCCAACAACGCCCAGUGGGCCCAGGACGUCGCCCACGCCGACCCCAGCUUCUUUCCCUCCACCGCGCCCACCCAGUCCCCCAAGGUGCUCUGGAUCGGCUGCUCCGACUCCCGUGUUCCCGAGUCCGUAGUCACCGCCUCCAAGCCUGGGGACAUCUUCGUCCACCGGAACAUCGCCAACCAGUUCCACCCCGACGACGACAGCGCGCUCUCCGUGCUCACCUACGCCAUCGAACACGUCGGCGUCCAGCACGUCGUCCUCGUCGGCCACACCAACUGCGGUGGGGCCGCCGCGUGCGCCCAGAUGGCCGCCGCACCGCCCGCCGCCACGGACUCGCCGCUGAUGCGCUGGCUCGCGCCGCUCGUCGCCCUCGCGCGCGCCAACCCGGACGCGGACCUGACCACGCUCGUCGAGGAGAACGUGCGGGCGCAGGUGGCGAAGCUGGCCGAGUGCCCGAUCGUGGUCAACGCGUGGGCCAAGGGGAAGGACGUGCAGGUGCACGGGUGGGUGUACGAGCUCGAGGCGGGACGCCUGCGCGACGUGGGGUGCAGCUUCGGGAAGGAGGGCCAGAUGUGA